CUGCGCCGGGCGCCUGCGCUGGGGCGGCUGCAGGAAGCGGCCGGCGACGGGCAGCGGCGAGGGCCAUAAAGCGCGGCGGGGCGCGGGGCGCGCUGCACGGAGCGAUGGAGGACGACGCGCCGGUCAUCUACGGGCUGGAGUUCCAGGCUCGAGCUUUAACACCUCAGACAGCAGAAACAGAUGCAAUAAGAUUUUUGGUUGGGACACAAUCUCUUAGAUAUGAUAAUCAGAUUCACAUCAUAGAUUUUGAUGAUGAAAAUAACAUUAUAAACAAAAAUGUACUUCUUCAUCAAGUGGGUGAAAUCUGGCACAUUAGUGCCAGUCCUGCAGAUAAAGGUGUACUUGCAACUUGCUACAAUAAAACUUCAGACAGUAAAGUCAUGACAUGUGCUGCUGUUUGGAGGAUGCCGAAGGAAUUGGAAUCAGGCAGUCAUGAAUCCCCUGAUGAUUCAUCAAGCAACACUCAAACCCUGGAGCUACUCUGUCACCUUGACAACACAGCCCAUGGCAAUAUGGCCUGUGUUAUGUGGGAACCUAUGGGAGAUGGUAAAAAGAUUAUUUCUCUGGCCGAUAAUAACAUAUUAUUGUGGGAUUUGCAGGAAAGUCCAGACAAAGCUGUGCUUUCUAGUUCUGCAGCCUUGGAAGGGAAAGGACAAUUAAAAUUUACUUCUGGAAGGUGGAGCCCACACCACAAUUGUACACAGAUUGCAACAGCCAAUGAUACCACUGUUCGAGGAUGGGAUACACGAAGCAUGAGACAGAUAUAUUGCAUAGAAAAUGCACAUGGACAGCUGGUACGAGACCUCGACUUUAAUCCCAAUAAACAGUACUACCUGGCUAGCUGUGGAGAUGACUGCAAGGUGAAAUUCUGGGACACAAGAAAUGUCACUGAACCAGUGAAGACCCUAGAGGAGCAUUCCCACUGGGUCUGGAAUGUCAGAUACAAUCAUUCUCAUGAUCAGCUGAUCCUUACAGGAAGCAGUGAUAGCAGAGUUAUACUGUCUAAUAUGGUAUCAAUUUCUUCUGAACCAUUUGGGCAUAUGGUAGAUGAAGAUGAACUGAGUGAUCAAGAGGACCAGCAUCAAGAAGAGAAGAUUUUUGUAUACAGGCCUUUCAGGAUUAAAGAGCCCCUUCAGGACAGUGUAAUAGCUACCUAUGAAGAACAUGAAGAUAGCGUAUAUGCAGUUGAAUGGUCCUCAGCAGACCCAUGGCUAUUUGCCUCUUUAAGUUAUGAUGGGAGACUUGUUAUUAACAGGGUUCCAAGAGCUCUGAAAUACCACAUACUGUUAUAAUUUGUUUGGAUUAUGAUGGAGUUGUUAUCUUGAUGUACACAACUGGUAGGUAUUUAAUUUUUUUUCAGGAUCUACUUUGAUUUUUAUUAAACAUAAAUAUUAAGAAAAUCUGUACUAAUGUAGACACUUUUGUCUUUUGUAUUUGCCUUGGAAAAAUGAUGCAUAUAUUAGAAAAGCCUGUGCUAGCUAGUGGUCUCGUUUUAUAAUCAUUGAGAUGGGGAAUUGCAAAGUUCCUGGAGAUAUCGGGUCCUUUCCAUACUACUGCUUCAUUACUUCAGCUGUAUGCAGAUGUAGUACACUACACAGGAGUUAAACCUAUAUAGACUGGGACAAUGUAGGUGCAUGUACUAGAAGUGAUCUACUUGUCUACAAGAAUGGUAUCCUUUCUGACAUAAGCAGACUUCUGUUCUUAGGACUACAUUCUGCCAACUAUUCUGUCUCCUUAUUCAGUUAUUGUAAAAUAAAGUUGGGAAUGAUCUGAAAGGUUUUCUUAAUUCAAUUUAGUAUUUUAAAAAGUUUUACUCUUGUUCUGCAUAUCCUAGGAAGAAAUAUUAAUCAUGACAGGGAAACCAUCAAAGUACGUUUUUCAUACCUUAUAGUGGGUAUCUUUCUUGCCUUAUAGUAGUAUCAACAAAGUAUCAUCUUAUUUGCAGAUAAAAUGCACUUUUGAGCCACAUAUUGCCAUUAGAAAUAGCAUCCAUCUUUAUCAAAACCUCUUAUAUUCUCAUGUAAUGUGUUUUAUACCAUGUUCAUAGAACUUAGUUGUUUUGUAAUAUAUAUUGAGGGACUCUGGAGCUACACCACUGUUAACGUGGAAAAUCUCUUUGUAAGUAAUCUCUUAUCCUUUUGGCUCUGUGCCAUUCUUCAGUAUAAUGUAGCAGGCUUUCAACUAAGAACAAAACAUCCUUUGCUAUAUCUUACUUUUUGCAAUAUGUGACCUGGGCGUUGGUGACUAUAUUGCUACAAAUACUGAGAACAGAGAGGAUGUCAUACAGAAGAAUACACAGAAAACUUGAAAUAUAGAUGGAAGGUGUGAUUAAAAUAUUCCUGAACAUACUAACACCUCCCCACAUCCCCAGCUUGCUGUUAAGAUGAAAAUUCUGCAUUUGUGUACUUAGACUAAACGCAACAGUAAUUACUCCAUUAUCUUUCCAUCACUUUUACUUCCUAUUGUCUUAAGAACUUGGGUGUGUGAAAUGGUGUUGGUUGUGGUGGCAUUGUUUAAGACAACUCUGAAGAAGAAAUGCAAGGACAUGGGAUGGAAAGAUCAAUACCAGCCUCUUCCUGUGCUUUCUGCAGUUGCUAUAGUUACCGUUGAGGGACAGCCUGCUACUCACCUCUGCUUGUCCUUAUCCUCUGUCUGGAUCGAAAUAUGUCCAAAUGUGAUUUGUUGUGUAUGCACAGCUGCUGCUAUGAGAACACGCUUUGAGAGCAUCACUGACUGCUGUAGACCAAAAUGUCCAGAAAAGAUAAAAGAUAAAUUCUAUUCCUGCCUUGUUAAAAAAGCUUGUUUGGAAGAAUUCAUAAGAGGGAUUUAAUUUAAUUAAAUCAUCUGUAUUAUUGUUUGUGUUUGUGUUACAAUGAUGCCUGUCUGCUCCAGAGCGAAUGCUUCAUUGGAAAUUCUGAUGGUCUGCUUUUCUGUGUUAAGAUUUUAAACUUGUGCUAUUUGAAAUUGUCUCAAUCUGUAAUUAGGUGUGAAUUAUUCACAUGUAUACUGUAAGAAAAAAAUUAUAUUUCCAGAUCAAUAGUGCUUCAGUUGUCUGAAUAUCAAAAUCCUUGGUUGGGCUGUAGCUUUUUGUGGACUUCUCAAUCUUCAGACACAAAACCUUGUGGCUUUUUUUACCCCACAAAAAAAGCCCUGCGGAAUUCCUUUCGUAUGCAGCAGAACUCUUAAAACUUUAUUCGCAUUAGGAAUAAAGGUCUAAUGAAAUUUUAUUGUCUCUUAAUAUAUGUGGCUUGUAGUAUGAAUGUGAGAGGAAAUUACGUAACCAUAUGUAGGAUUUGGUUUGAUCUUAACAUGUAAUAAAAUGUGGGACAGAUUUCAGACUAAUUUUGAUGUAGCUGCAUUUUCUUUAAUAUUGUGAGCUUACAAGAGCUCAAGAGCUCUAACUGCAAACAAUAACAAAAAAUACUUUCUUUUGGUUAGGUCAGUCAAAUGCAUAUAGUAUCACUAACAGAAUAAAAGGGUGGUGAACACUGGGAAGGGAAGGAGUAGCAGGUCAAAUUUGAAUGAAAUGAGUUACAGUAGAAUCAAGAGAGCAGGAAGGGUCAAGUAUUAAUCAUUUUCAGCUAUCUCUAAAGCUGGAUCUGAGUUACAUGCACAGCCCUCACAGCAACACAAAAAUGACCUUCAGAAAGGGAAGGCUUUUGACAAGGUCCCAUCUCAGGCUGUCAGAGAAAGCAAGCUGCUGUAAGAUGAGAGGAAGGGUCCUCAGAGGGUUAAAUAACUGGUUAAAAGAUAGGAAAUAGGGUACAGGAAUAAAUCAUCACAUUUCAUAACUAAAAGAAAUUACCAGUGAAGUCUGAGAUCUCUACCCAGGCCUGUGCUUUGCAGUAUAUUCGUGACCUUUGUGGAAAAAGGGCUGCACAGAGAUAUCGCCAAGUUUCCAGGUGAUACUCAGUGUAGUAAAGAUGACUUACUGAAGAAAUAUGGAGGGGCUUUACAUCAUGGAGUGUCUGGAUGAUAAAAUGAAAUUCUGUGCAGAAAAUGUGAAGCAAUGGAUAUGGAAGAAAACUGAUUUUACAUGUAUGCAUUGGUGGUGCCCAGUUACUGCUGUUACAACUUGGAAAUAAGAUUUUGGGGUAAUAAUAGAUCUUUAAAAACAUCAUCAUAAUGUAGGAAAAAAAUUAACUGAAGUCUUGAGAAUUACUAGAAAGCAAGUAAAGAGGAAAAUAAGGCGUUGUUAAUCCAUUAGGUAAUAUAUAUUUAAAAAUCACUGGUUCCCAUGCAUCUUGAAUACUGUGUGUAGUUCUGUUUUCUUCCAUCUCAAAAGUGAUACAGUGAAACUGGGAAAGGUCUUACAGAAGGAUGACAGCAAUGAUGAAUAGCAUGCAACACCUGUAUGAGGAUAACUAAAUAGGCAGAAAGGCAGAUGGUUGAGAGGGAAUGAUAAAAGUCCAUAAAAUCACAAGUGGCAGAGGAGAGGGAAUGAAUAGGGAAUGAUUGUUCUGUCUUUUCUGAUACGAGAACUAGAGAUAAUUAAAUGGAAUCUGCAGGUGGUGGCUCAAGGUAUACAAAAUGAGGUGGUCUUCACAAGCGUGCAGUUGAGCUCUGGCACUCGUCUUUAACACCGCCCCCUAUCCCCACUCCUCUCCAGGGGAAAAAAAAAAAUCUCAUUAAUGUUAGAGUUCAUGUGACUUGAAAGUAACUGGACCAGUUGAAAGAUGAAUUCAUUAAAGUCUGUUAAGAGGAUUUUCUGAGCUGGAGGUCUUACCUUUAUUUUUGAACCAUGAAUUGCUGGACGCUACAAAGAACACUGGAAAAGAAUCUCAAUGUGUUUGCCUGGGCUUUAUUUGCUUCCCUAAAUGUGCUAUUUGCCAAUAAAUAAAGAUUUAUUGUUUUUUAAUAAUGUA